UUGUUGCGCGACAACCAUAACAACGGGCCGACACCCGUCGGCAAAACGGUGGAGAACUUUCCGCCGUAUCUGUCGGCUGUGCUGACCAUCAAUCACAACAUCUACUACUUCUUCAAAGGCAGCAAAUAUUGCAAACGACCGCUCGUUGUGGAGGACAACGCCUACUCGCAGACACCGCAACUCGAUUGGGAUAAUAUGCCCGCACUUUUCGACGAGUCCAACACCGAUAUGGUUCCCGAGGAAGAGGACAACGCCUACUCGCAGACACCGCAACUCGAUUGGGAUAAUAUGCCCGCACUUUUCGACGAGUCCAACACCGAUAUGGUUCCCGAGGAAGAGCUGAAGAAACACUUCACGUUAACGUCUAAGGAUUCAAACUGCAUAUGGAAAGACAACAGAGACCUAUUGGGCUGCAAACUGCCCAAAGUGUACAAUAAGAUCCGCAAACUGUGCUCAUCCCCCGUCACCAUCGGGAGCGUCAUCUUUGACCACAAGCUAAUCAACGUCUUCACUCACCUCAAGCUCUACGUGUUUGACCCGACGGGUCGGCCGAAGAAGAAUAUGGACCCGGCGUUCACACGACUGGUGAGCGACGACACGCAACCGGCGCGCAAGUGGCCCGGCUUUGACCAGAACUACGGCCGCUUCUACUCGACUCAAGUGAACCAUCUGUGCGUUAUCUACGAGAACGUGCGCUACACGUGUUGGUCGGCCGACGGCAACAAAUAUGUGGACAAUCGGCCGAUCGGUCCGCCAGAAGAGGAUAUGGAGGACGAAGAGGGCGGCGACGAGAACGGAGACGCCGGCGCUCUCAUCAAUCCGGAAGACAACGGCGGA